AUGUCUACUGAAGCUGCUGCCACCACCACCACGACGGCCGAGGCGCCCAAGACGCCUCUCGCCAAGCUCACGGCUCGCCUCGCCGAAAUCACCACCAAGGCCGACUACAAGGAGAUGUGGGGUGUCGAGCUCGACGUCUCGCCCGACCACAUCCCCAGCCAGGUCGUCCUGCAAAAGUUUCUGCGCGCCAACGGCAACGAUGCCGAGGCCGCCGAGAAGCAGCUCGCCUCGGCCCUCACGUGGCGCAAGACGAUGCAGCCCGGCAAGCUGACCAGCCAGCAGUUUGACAAGAGCAAGUUUGCCAACCUGGGAUAUGUCACGGUCCACAAGGACGACGCCGGCAAGGAGAUGGUCAUUACUUGGAACAUUUACGGUGCCGUCAACAACAAUCAGGCCACGUUUGGCAAUGUCGAAGAAUUCAUCAAGUGGCGCGCAGCUCUCAUGGAGCUCGGCGUCCAGAAGCUCAAGCUCAGCGAAGUUAAGGCUCUCAUCCCCGACGGCGGCGAGGACCCCUACCAGAUGAUCCAGACGCACGACUACGUCGACGUCAGCUUCUUCCGCAUGGACCCCGCCGUCAAGGCCGCCAGCAAGGAGACCAUCCAGACCCUAUCCAUGGCCUACCCCGAGCUCCUCGCCCACAAGUACUUUGUCAACGUGCCCUUUAUCAUGGGCUGGAUGUUUGGUGCCAUGAAGCUCUUCCUCGCCCCGACUACCCUCCGCAAGUUUCAUCCCAUGACCUCCGGCACCACCCUCGCCUCGGAGCUGCCCACCAUUGUCGCCACGCUCCCCCGCGAGUACGGCGGCAAGGGACCUAGACUUGAGGAGGUCGGCCAGCAGUUGGCGUUUGCGGACGCCGCUCCUAUGGCUGACAAGACGGAGGCGACCAAGGCGGAAGAGCCUACGCCCACUACUGCAGCUCCUGUGGCUGAGCCUGCUGUCCUUGCGACGACGGACAAGGCGGAGGUUGCUACCGACAAAGCUGAUGAGGCUACUCCAGCUGCUCCCGCCGCUGCGGUCACUGCGGCCGCUCUUGAGCCCACUGCUGAAGAGGCUGCUGCUGCUGCCACAAAGACUGCUGCUUAA